AGGGCCACCACGUGGCGCGUCACUUGAUUCGCGUUCCGAGUCGGCCACGGCAGCGGCGGUGCCGCCAUGGCGCUGGGGAAGAAGCAACAACAACAACAACAGCAGCCGAGGUCGCUGUCGGAGGACGGGUUGGUGUUGAGGCGGCACGGGGAAGAGAGCAGAGCGGCCGAGCUUGAGGGCGUGGGAGAGAAUGUGGAGGAGGUGGGGGCGGUGGGGGCGGUGGGGGCUGCCACCACCCCCACCGGCAAGAGGCCUCCCAAGCAGCUCCUCCGCGUACACGUGCGCCCUGCAAAAGGACAUUGUUUACCAGGGCCGACUGUUUGUGUCCAAGUCUUGGAUCUGCUUCCACGCCAACCUCUUUGGGAAAAGCAUGAAGAUCGCGGUGCCGGUCUGCGAGGUGACGGCCAUUCACAAGGACAAGACGGCACGGCUCGUGCCCAACGCCGUGCGGAUCACCACCACCACCGCCACGCACACGUUCGUGUCCCUGCUGUCACGGGAGACGGCGCUGAAGGUCCUUCGCGCCGUGUGCACCCACCUGGAGAACUUUCCAGAUGUACCCGACAGUCCGAAGCGUGGCCGCGACUCAGACUCCAGCGACAGCUCACGCAGCAACUCCCCCGGACGGAGACACGAUCAACUAUCGAGCGCGCAGGAGCCCAGCUUCGACAGCGUGGACGGAGACGGCGGCCUCUACUCCCACAAUGCACCGGCGGUGGAGGGCGGCGCUGCAACCGCCACCCACGAUGCACCGGGGCCCCCAAGCUCAGGCCGCAGCCUCGGCUGCAUGCUCUGCACCUUGUUCCUCACGACGGUGCUGCUGGUGGGCAUCUCCUCGUACUUGACCUUGAGGAUCGCCUCCCUGGAGAGGCACAUUCAUCUCAUGGAGGCCACGCCAGGGCUCACCGAGCAGUGGGGCUGCCUCUCGUCCGAGCCGUCCGCCGACGGCCACUCGUGCCUGACCAGCGCCAUCGCCACCGGCCUCAACGCCCUCGACAAGGUGCAGGCGGACCUGCGCAGGCUGCUGGACGACUGGGAGUGACUCUUCCCACGCCGCUCCUCCUCGGCGCGGGAUUCCGGCGGGCUGUAACGACCGCGUCAUCUCAGAGGAGGGGGAGGAGUGGGGAGCGGAGUGGGGGGGGGGGUUCAGUCUUCACGGUCCCUGGUACCACGGAUCCCUCCCCCCCUACCCGCUCAGUAGCCGUGACACCGGCUGGGGGGUGACCCUUGCAAGAUGCUGCUCAUUUCCCACACAUCGGGACGUGUUGAAACGUCUCACUAUUUUUUGCCAUUUUAAAACUUAAGCACGUUCGCCCACAGGCGCGAAACAUGCCGAGUCGUUUGAAGGUAACGUGGGAGACUGGGGACGAGUGGGCGCGGGUUGGCGGUCACCGUUGCUGAAUUUUGGCUGUGGAAGGGCGGGCAGCCUCAUCGCUCGCUCAACUCAUUCAGCCGGUCAUUCGCUCAGUCGCCCAUUCGCUCAUUCGGGCACGGAUUCAGUCGCUCGCCCGUCACCACGCAUCGUCGCUCAAGCGCUCGGUCACAUCGUCGCUCGCCCGUCGGCUGCCGCGUGCAGGGCCCCUCGUGGCUGUGUGCCUUUGUCGGCCAAUCGGGCGCUGGCGAGCUCGUCUGGUUUUUAUUUGUAUAUUUUCUCGGGCGAAGAAGACGCCAAUAAAGACGCGUCGGGAGCUU